AUGUCUUCCUUCGCCCUUCUCGCCCUUCUAGGCGUGGCUUCUGCGGCCAAAGUCUGCACCAAUGUCACUGUACCAGUAUACAUCAACGCCAGACAAGCCAUCUUCGAUGUUCCCACCUUCGAAACAAACCUCGAUGCAGUCAAGUUCUCUCUUGACUUCACCAACAUUGGCAUGAACUACACCGACGUCGUGACGAAAGGUUUCGAGAACUUCCAAGGCCUCUAUAACAUUAGCGCCAAAUACUGCAAGCCCCAAGGUGACAACAAGGCCAAUCCUACCGUCCAAGUCCUGACCCACGGCAUUGGCUUCGACAAGAGCUACUGGGACUUGUCAUACAACAACUACAACUACUCUUACAUCGAUGUUGCUGUUGCUGCCGGCUACCAUACUGUCUCGAUUGACAGAUUCGGGAUUGGAAAUUCUUCUCACGCCGACCCACUCAAAGUGCAGGCCCCAAGCGAAGUUAGCGCUCUGCACGAGAUCACCUCGAUGCUUCGCAAUGGCACAUUCCCUUCAGUCAGCCACAAGUUCGGCAAGGUGGUACAUGUCGGACACUCCUUUGGCUCCCUCCAAAGCUACCUCUUGACCGCUCUUUACCCUGGCUCUUCUGAUGGUGUCGUGCUUACCGGGUUCUCCAUGAACGGCACUUGGCUCGCUCAAACUCUUGCUGACUGGAACCUGCACCUCGCUCGUCUCAACCAGCCCCUUCGCUUCGGCGACCAGUCUGUCUCACGCAGCAAGACCAACACUGCUUGGCUCGGUCAGAGCUUGAUCUCGAUUCUCCAGUCUGCUCUCAGCGCUAUCGGCAUCAACCUCUCUACCUCUGAUCUUUGGCAGGAGAUUGCUACCACAGAGCUCGGUGACAUAAUCAAUGGAUGGAAUGCCACUGUUGCACCAGUUGCCCAGAACCUUCCUACAGGAUAUCUCACUUGGAGCGAUCUGACUUCAAACAUCUUCGCCUUCCUUUACCCUGGUUACUUCGAUGUUGGCGCCGCUCUCUUUGCUGAAAGCAGCAAGGAGCCCGUUACACUUGGUGAAAUUUUCACUCUCGGCAACGGAGCCCCUGCCACCUCCCCUCACACUGGACCUGCUCUCGUCUUGACUGGCAACGAGGAUACGAUCUAUUGUGGAGGCCGGUGUGAAUCAACUGGAAACCCAAAUCUUGCUAGUAUACCUGCUGGAGUGGCUAAAGCAUUCCCCAACGCCAGCAAGUUUGAGGCCUACAUCCACCCAAACACCGGCCACGGUAUCAACUUCCACUACAAUGCGACCGCAGCCUACAAGGUCAUUCAGGACUUCCUUUCUUCCAACGGCCUCCAAAGCUCAUAG